UUUUUUCUUCCCUGACCAUUCUUGGAAGCAUCUACACAACUGUUAAAGUUUUAAUCACAAUGAAUUCGGGUUUAUGGAGUCAAGAGAAAGCAAGUUCAUCCUAUUGGGAAGAGCGAAUCUUUUACUUGCUUCUCCAGGAAUGCAGUGUCAUAGACAAGCAGACUCAAAAGCUCUUGAAAGUGCCCAAAGGUAGCAUAGGGCAGUUUUUUCAAGACCGUUCUUCCUUGGGGCACUCCAGAAACAUUCCUUGUAAAGGCAAGAAAUUACAGAUUGGAUUAAAGAUUCUGGAACAACCACAUGCAAUCCUGUUUGUGGAUGAAAAGGAUGUUAUAGAAAUAAAUGAAAAAUUAGCUGAAUUGCUUUUGGCCAUUACUAACUGUGAGGAAAGGUACAGCCUGUUUAAAAGCAAGAACAGAUUAACUAAAGGUGUCCAAAUAGAUAUUGGCUCAACUGUUAGAGUACAGCUGAGAUCAGGAGAUGACAAAUUUCCUGGAGUUGUUCGCUUCAGAGGACCCUUGUUGCAAGAAAGGUCUCUAACAGGGAUAUACUUUGGAGUAGAGCUGCUGGAAGAAGGUCGUGGCCAAGGCUUUACGGAUGGACAGUACCAAGGCAAGCAGCUUUUCAGAUGUGAUGAGGACUGUGGGGUUUUUGUUGCUUUGGACAAACUGGAGCUGGUGGAAGAUGAUGACAAUGAACUGGAAAGUGAUUAUGCAGCUCCAGUUGACACUAUGCAGGUAGAACUUCCUCCUCUGGAGAUCAACUCCAGGGUUUCUCUGAAGAUAGGAGAGAGUAUAGAGUAUGGGACAGUUAUAUUCUGUGAUGUCUUACCAGGAAACGAAAGUUUAGGAUACGUUGUUGGAGUGGACAUGGAUAAUCCUAUUGGAAACUGGGAUGGAAGAUAUAACGGAAUACAGCUGUGCAGUUUUGCGAGUGUUGAAAGUACACUCCUUCUGCACAUUAAUGAUGUUAUACCAGAAACCAUGUCCCAGGACAGGAGGCCUCCCAAACUUGCCUAUACCUCCAGGGGUGGUGGUGACAAAAGCUUGUUCAAUCAUAGUAAGCCAAAAGCUACAGGAUCUACCUCUGAACCUGGGAAUAGAAACAGAUCUGAAGUCUUCUAUACGUUAAAUGGCUCAUCAGUUGAUUCUCAGCCUCAAAUGAAAACAAAACCUCCAUGGUAUAUUGAUGAAGUUGCUGAAGACCCUGCAAAAUCGCUCACGGAUUCUUCUCCGGGAUUUGGGCAUUCCUCACCACCUCUGCAGCCACCUUUAACAAGCUCUGUGUCUACAGAAAACAGAUUUCACUCCCUUCCUUUCAGCUUGACAAAAACCACGAGCACUAACGGCGCAAUUGGACACAGUCCCCUCUCUCUAUCUGUUCAGUCAGUCAUAGGAGAUGUAAAUACUACAGCGAACCAGGAGAGUCCAUCAGCCGCAGGUCCCAUCAGCAACUCGCAUGGUCUUGAAGCAGGUUCACUGGCAGAGGUUAAAGAAAAUCCUCCUUUCUAUGGAGUAAUCCGAUGGAUUGGCCAGCCCCCUGGAGUAAAUGAAGUGUUAGCUGGGCUGGAACUGGAAGAUGAAUGUGCAGGUUGUACAGAUGGAACAUUUAAAGGAACGCGAUACUUCACCUGUGCUCCAAAGAAAGCUCUUUUUGUUAAACUCAAAAGCUGCAGGCCAGAUUCCAGGUUUGCCUCCCUGCAGCCAGUUUCCAACCAGAUUGAACGCUGCAACUCUCUAGCUUUUGGAGGAUACUUAAGUGAAGUGGUAGAAGAAAACACUCCUCCAAAAAUGGAGAAAGAAGGUUUAGAGACAAUGAUUGGAAAGAAGAAGGGUAUCCAGGGUCAUUACAACUCCUGUUACUUAGACUCCACUUUAUUCUGCCUGUUUUCUUUUAGCUCUGUUCUAGACACAGUGUUACUUAGACCUAAAGAAAAGAAUGAUGUGGAGUAUUAUAGUGAGACUCAAGAGCUACUGCGGACAGAGAUUGUGAAUCCUCUUAGAAUAUAUGGAUAUGUCUGUGCUACAAAAAUAAUGAAACUGAGGAAAAUCCUUGAAAAAGUUGAGGCUGCAUCAGGAUUUACUUCAGAAGAAAAAGAUCCAGAAGAAUUUUUGAAUAUUUUAUUUCACCAUAUUCUAAGAGUUGAGCCUCUGUUGAAAAUAAGAUCAGCUGGUCAGAAGGUACAAGACUGUUACUUCUAUCAAAUUUUCAUGGACAAAAAUGAGAAAGUUGGAGUCCCGACAAUUCAGCAGUUACUGGAAUGGUCUUUCAUUAACAGCAACUUGAAGUUUGCAGAGGCACCUUCUUGCCUGAUUAUUCAGAUGCCUCGAUUUGGGAAAGACUUCAAAAUGUUCAACAAGAUUUUUCCCUCUCUGGAAUUAAAUAUAACAGACUUACUUGAAGAUACUCCCAGGCAGUGCCGCAUAUGCGGAGGGCUUGCUAUGUAUGAGUGCAGAGAAUGCUACGAAGAUACUGAUAUUUCUGCUGGAAAAAUCAAGCAGUUCUGCAAAACCUGCAACACCCAAGUUCAUCUUCAUCCCAAGAGACAGAGUCAUAAAUUCAAUCCGUUGUCACUUCCUAAAGAUCUGCCAGACUGGGAUUGGCGACACGGUUGCAUCCCACACCAGAAGAUGGAGUUGUUUGCUGUUCUCUGCAUAGAAACAAGCCACUACGUUGCUUUCGUGAAAUACGGGCGGGAUGACUCUGCCUGGCUCUUCUUUGACAGCAUGGCUGAUCGGGAUGGAGGUCAGAAUGGUUUUAAUAUUCCACAAGUUACUCCAUGCCCAGAAGUUGGUGAAUACCUAAAGAUGUCUCUGGAAGAACUGCAUUCACUGGAUUCCAGGAAGAUUCAAGGCUGUGCACGAAGACUGCUUUGUGAUGCUUAUAUGUGCAUGUAUCAGAGUCCAACCAUGAGUUUAUACAAGUGAACAAUGUUCUCUGGAAAAAACUGAAGAAACAGUGCAGAGGUUUCUGCUGUUGCAUUUGCUGCACUCCUUGGUUAGUUGCAUUUGCUGCACUCUUUGGUUAGUUGUAAUGCAACCGUUGCUGGCAAUGGAUGCGAUGACAAGGAAGAAGUUGACUCUAAGAACAAAAGGGUUACUGUUCCAAAAACUACAUGUGGAGUUCUGUCAUUGAAAUAUUUAAGCAUUUUGCACUCUAGGAAGUGUGCUUGUGUGUGUUUGUUUUAUAAACAAAAUCUAAGUGGGGUUACUAAAACUUAAAGCUUUAAGUUAAGUGCAUUGAUUAUAGAUUAUAUGCAGACUUUUUUUUUUAAUUAGAGGUGGAAUUGUCAGGAGAAACCUCCCUAGUCCUUUGAGAAUGUAAAAAUACUCUGUUCUCACUCGGUUUAUUUCUUUGCACUAAGGAUGCUGGAUCUCUUCUGGUCAUUCUCCACCGUCCCAAGCACCUGUGCCCUGCCACCACCAUCCCAGCCUUUAGCCCUUUAGCACUGUAGAUUAACUGCCUUCAAGAGAGAAAAACUUCUGCUUUAGUAGACCACAUUUUAAAUGAUUCAUUGCAUAUUAGUUCUGAAGCAAUCUACUCCCACAUUACUUUUCAGUUCAUACAUUCACAUUUUUAAAAAAACCUGUAAAGAUGUCAUCUUUGUAGAUGAUACCCAUGUAAAAAUGUAACUUUUUUGGUGCAAACCGAGCACACAGAUUUGGCAUCUGUUAAGUUUAGGAUUUGGGGAGGGGAAAAAGAAGUGGAGGGUGUUAAGGGGAAGCAUAACUGCUGAUAUUUAGAAAUGGAAGUUAACAUGUCUUUUUCUAAUGAUCUGUUUUUAAAGAAACAAAGAUUGGGACAGAACAGCAAAUAUAUACAAAUGAUUAGAGGACAAAACAACAAAAUAUAGAUUGCCUCAGGGAAUGUUACUGAAGUGGGCUCUAGUC